AUGGAGUUUUGCCAGGAGCGAGGACUGCACUUCAUCUCGGAUGAGAUUUAUGCUCUAACGGAGCUCAAAGAAAGACCGCAUAAGAGUGCGAAAUUCGUUUCAGCUCUCUCGCUGACAGAACCGCUGGUACCGGAAGGCGCAGUAAAGAUCGACCCAUCCCGAGUGCACGUAAUCUGGGCCGCCAGCAAGCUAUUUGGAUCCAGUGGCUUUCGUAUCGGCUGUUUGAUCUCCCAGCAAAACCCCAAGUUACUCUCCGCUGUAGCUCUUCUGACAUACUGGCACGCAAACACUUUAGCAUCUCUAUACCUCUCGAGCCUCUUGAGAUGGGCACAACUUCCUACCCUUAUCGCACUCAACUCAGAAAGACUCACCGCGUCCUACCGUCUCGUCGAGAAUGUCUUGAAACAGUUGGAUGUCUGUUUCGUAGCACCCACCGACGGGAUAUUCGUAUUUGCCAAGCUAGCGAAGUAUGCCCAAAGCGUGGAAGAUGAGCGAGAUUUCUACAACCGACUAGCGCAACAAGGUGUGCUCCUCGGCCCUGGGACCAUGUACAAAGGUGUCGACAAGGAGUUCGGUUGGGCCAGGAUACGGUUCUCGAUUCCUGUCAAGACGAUGGAAGUCGCGUUGGAGCGGAUCACGACUUUCAUGGCAAUGGAAGGCUAG